AUGGGUUGUAAUCCCUCGAGGCCUUCGGACAGCUCACAACCGGACCUGAGUCAUAGCCCCUUUGUCCACUAUCCGCCAACUGUAAUCCGUCCACCCCGCUAUUCCUUCAAUGAUCACAACGAAGCGUGUCGCGUACUGCGCCUUUGGGAAGCACGAGGCGUAAAAUCUCGCAGCUUCACGUACGUAGUCUACGUGAUCAAUAACAGUCUGCUCGACAAGUCACAGACACUCGCUCAGGCGAGAUUGCUGGGCCAUAUAAAACAGCUAGCGGCUAUUCAUGGUCUUAGAGUUUUGGUCAAAUGUCUGGAUUAUCUGUCCGAAAGCGAUGACGAUCCGGAUGCCGCAGAGGAAAAACAGAUGUAUCUAGGCAUACUAGCGGCCACAUCUAAGGCAGACAUAAUCCGUAUGUGGGACGAAAGACCAGCAUCCGCCAUUUACCAAGACCUCGAAGACAUCACAACCGCCGAGCAGCGGAUAAGCACCGUCAUCGAAAAGAUCAGAUGGAACAGGGAUAUAGGUGACGUAGAUGUCAAAAACCAGAUCGAGCCCGAGGUCGUUGCCGCUCUUUCACGGUUUGCUAAGAGUUGGACGUUGGACGAGUUCUUGGAAUCGCAGGAUCAGAUUAUGAGCGAGCCCUCGACCGUGAAUGCAGCGGGUAUAUCGAAACUGCAGGCCCAAUUUAUUCUGCAAGCCCAAGUCGCCCAAGCAAGCCUCAUCAGUGACAACGGCGCGACGCCGACCGUCGCAAUCAGCUUUUUGCCGGACGAGAUUCCCAAUGUGACGCUCAUCAACAUAAAAAAGCAGCUAAAGGCUGUCUUCGUGCCGCUGGCGAAACGAGUAAAAGAGUCCGAAAAGUCCUUGCGCCAAGACCUAUAUACUAUGCAGCUGGUCUCUCUCGGGACCAACCACAGCAAGGGUGGCCAGCAGUGGAGAGAACUAGAUGACCUCGAACAGGCCGGCAUGGAUAUUAUUGAUCAUCUGCACCUGGACUCGGGCCAGAUGCUACUACGCGGCCCGGGUCCUCGGCUCGGCCAAAAAUUGUUGCUGGGAUCCGUCGACCCCGUCAUUGACCGGGGUAGAGCAAAGGGAAGGCCGGAAGAGGAUCUGUAUGGCUCAGGAGGUUCGCAAGUGAUCCGCGAAGAUAUGGAUGCUUGCAUUUGCCAAAAGCCGAGUAUUGUACCGGGCCCUGAGUAUAUCCGGUUGGAUCAAGAUGCCUAA